GGGAUUGGAACAGGAGCCACCCGCACACACCGCGAUGGCCCAGGAGUCUAUGCCACAUGGCAUCCAUUAAUCUUGGUUAAGGUGCAACGGGAUCGCGUCUUUCGAGACAGGAAAUGAGGCGCUUUUGGAAAGGGCAAAGCGAAGGCUGCCGCCUGGGCGGUAUUUCCUUUUCCUAAGGAGCAGGUUCCCUUCCUCCGCUGCUUGAUAACAAAAGCGUCCCGCGCGGGCCAAGGGGCGUCCCCCUCGAUCGGCGGCGUGUGCGCGGGGGGCCCGCUGGGCAUGGAGGAACGGGCUCUCUCCUUCUCCUCAGCUCGCCCACGGGCAUCCUCCUCCAGCCUCGCCUCCGCAAAGGGGGCGGCUCUCCCUCCGGACCUUUAGCCUCGGCGACGCGCAGCGCAGCCUCCACCGAAGGCCCCGCACGCUGCGAUUGGUGGCCUCAGUGGCGGAAGGCCUUUCCGUCAUUUCCGUGCAGGCCGCCAUCUUGUCGGCGGUUGGCGGAGCUCGGCUGGGCGCAACCUGGAGCGCCUCUCCCCGCCUUGUUCCCGGCCUGCUGCUUGCCCGCUCCUUCGGCGCAAGCGAACCAGUCUCCGCCGCCAUGGCCAACAACUGCCCCGUCGUGGGCGCCGGGAACUGCCACCACCACCAGCAGCCGCCGCCACAACAGCAGUCGCCGCAGCAGCAGCACCACCCCGGGGCUCAGCCGCAGGCGCCGCAGGCCGGAGCCGUCCUGUCGCCCCCGCUGCCGCUGAGCGCGGGUCCCAAGCCGGCGGCCUCGGGCAAGCAGGGCAAUGUCCUGCCCCUCUGGGGGAACGAGAAGACCAUGAACCUGAACCCCAUGAUCCUCACCAACAUCCUCUCCUCCCCGUACUUCAAGGUGCAACUCUACGAGCUCAAGACCUACCACGAGGUGGUCGACGAGAUCUACUUCAAGGUUACACAUGUUGAGCCUUGGGAGAAAGGGAGCAGAAAAACAGCAGGCCAGACAGGGAUGUGCGGAGGGGUACGUGGUGUUGGUACUGGAGGUAUAGUGUCUACAGCCUUUUGCCUGCUGUACAAGUUAUUUACCCUGAAGCUUACCCGUAAGCAAGUGAUGGGACUAAUAACUCAUACAGACUCCCCAUAUAUUAGGGCCCUUGGAUUCAUGUAUAUUAGGUACACACAGCCUCCAACAGAUUUAUGGGACUGGUUUGAAUCCUUUCUUGAUGAUGAGGAGGACCUUGAUGUGAAAGCAGGUGGUGGCUGCGUCAUGACCAUUGGAGAGAUGCUGCGCUCCUUUCUUACUAAGCUUGAAUGGUUUUCUACGUUAUUUCCAAGAAUUCCAGUACCGGUCCAGAAGAACAUUGAUCAACAAAUUAAAGCCAGACCCAGAAAAAUCAAGAAGGAUGGCAAAGAGGGAGUAGAAGAAGUAGACAGACAUGCAGAGCGUAGACGUUCAAGGUCUCCAAGGAGGUCCUUGAGUCCCAGGAGAUCACCCAGAAGAUCAAGGAGCAGAAGUCGUCAUCGGGAAGGUCGUGGAUCAUCUAGUUUUGAUAGAGAACUGGAGAGGGAGAGGGAACGACAAAGACUAGAACGUGAAGCUAAGGAGAGAGAGAGGGAGAGGAGAAGAUCCCGGAGUACUGAUCGAGUAUUGGAAAGAAGGCGAAGUAGAAGCCGGGAGAGGCACAGAAGUCGAAGUCGUGAUCGCAAAGGAGACAGAAAAGACAGAGAGAGGGAAAGGGAGAAAGAAAAUGAACGAAAUAGGAGGAAGGAGCGUGAGUAUGACAAAGAGAAAGGUAAUGAAAGAGAGCGCUCUAGGGAGAGAGAUCGUUCUAGAGAAAAAUCAAAAGAAAGGAAGAAUAAAAGUGAAAUAGAUGAGAGGAGGCACAAAGAUGAAAAAGAUGAAAGGAAGCAUAGAGAUGAGAAAAGAGAUUCCAAGAAAGAGCGGAGGCAUAGCAGGAGUCGAAGUAGGGAUCGGAAGCAUAGGAGUAGAAGUGUGAGUAGGAAUGCUGGCAAGCACAGUAGAAGUAGAAGCAAAGAAAAGUCAAGUAAACACAAAGGUGAAAGUAAAGAGAAAUCAAAUAAGCGGAGUAGGAGCAGAAGCAGAGGAAGAAAUGAUAGUGCUGAAAAGUCUCGAAAACGAGACCUUAGUCCCAGCAAAGAGCGAUCACGAAAACGUAGUAAAAGCAAAGAACGUUCCCAUAAACAUGACCACAGUGAUAAGGACCACUCAGACAAACAUGAUCGUCGGAGGAGCCAAAGUACAGAACGAGAGAAUCAAGAGAAACAAUCUAAAAACAAAGAUGAGACUGUAUGAAUGUGCAGAAGUGGAUCACAUUGAAUCCUAUAAAUGUUUGAAAUUUUGCUUAUUUUUUCUUAAAAGUUGAGAUUGUGCAGUAGUUGAUGAGCACUCUUCUUCAACCUCCCUCUAGGCUGCAGAUUGUCAUUUCCUAUUUUGAGUAGGGAAGUGCCUUUGUAAUCCUGUUAAAUGCGUUGACUAUUCCAGCCCAUUUGUUUAGUUAUUCAUGAUGCAAAUCUGUUCGUGUAUUUUUUUUAUUGUUCAAAUGUACAAUCUGUACAUAAGUCCUGAAACUGUUCUAAUCCCUUUGGCAUGGUUUGCCAUGUUGGUUAAAUUUGUAUACGGCAAUAAAACUGCCACUAAUUCUACUUUGUUUUAUAGAUGUGGAAUUAUGGUUUCUACCUUUUGAAUUAGCAUGGCUGUGCUUUGCAUAAUAGUAUGGCAGAAGCUUUUAAGGAUGGGUCUUGAACGUGUAUUAUAUCAAAAAUAUUUAUGUCCAUUCAACAUCCAUGAAGGUUGCAGUUUUAGAACUCUUGUGUCCAUUUGUACCUCGUCUUGAGAAAACAUUUAAAAUAUGUUUUAUUUGUGAGACUCAAGAAAGCAUUACAUUUAGAGUAGGCUAUUCAAGGAGGUAGCAGUUUUCAAGGCAGGGAUGUAGGUUUUGCUGAAGUUUAUGUAGUAGUCAAUGCUACCUCACAGGGACACUGUUAAAAUUGAUAAGCCUAUGUACCAUAAUCCACAUAGACCUUCUGGCUAGCUUUUAUUGUUCAUGUAAAGAUUCUUUGAAUACAAUAUCUGUAGGAUUUUUUUGUUAAAAGAAAUUGAUACCACCACCCUCAUUCAUGAAGCAACCCCUAUGGAAACAAAGGUGAAUGAAAUUAAAGGAGGGAGGCAGGAAAGUGAAAUAAGGUCAAGCAGCAAACUUCAGUUUCAAGCUUCCAAAUAAUUUUUUUAAUAAAGGAAAGACUCAUUUAAAGUAAAGUAUCUUCAUAGUGUUCUUUUUUUAUGCAUUUUUUAAAAACAAAGAUUUGUGAUCAUUGCUUGAGCGGAAGAAUUUCUCUCCAGCAACGGGAACAGUAGCUAAACUUUUGGGACACUGAUUACUUGUGAGAUAAUGUCCAAAUGCAGUAUUGAAAGAGAAAUCAUAUCACAACAGUGCAUUUCUGUUUGGUAGAUGUGUUCUAGUGACCUGUAUAAGAAAUAUAAAAUCUCUGGAAUAAAGACUGGAUUAAUUUA